CAAACGUGAAUGUUUGCUUGGGGAUUGUGAUAUUUGCACCGCCCAGAUUUUUCAGAGCUCCUUACGCGCUUGCCCAUUUUGUGAGAGUCCUCUGCGGUUUCUCUUGAUUGGCAGUCUUCCUUUCACUGGGUGAUGCGUUACCCAGUUUUCUCUUAGUUUAUGCCGAUUGGCGUCGCUUCCAAGGCUCCCUUGUUUUGGUCCUGCUUGUCAACCUUGUUCGGGAAUCUCUAGAUUUUUCUGACAGCUCCAUUGUUUCUUUGAAAUGAGGUAGUAUAUAACGAGAGAUUUAAGGUGAGAUAGGUGUUCGAGUGGGGGGGCGGGGGGUGGUAAUUAGCAAAAGAGUGAGGUGUGUGGGGGUCACAUUUGCGAGCUGGUUAUUAUGGAGCUAAAACUGUUGGAGGCAAAGUCUCUGUUUGCUUCAGAGGCUAACCACAUGGGAAAAAGAUUAUUGUCGCGCUCGUUCUCAAACUUACAGGCCUCUUGCUGCGGAGGUGCUUUAGCUAUGGCUUCUUAUUCAAGGACGUCAAGGGAUAUGCAUCUGUCAGUCCGAGCUGUAGGUUCAAUUGCUCAGGAUAAACUUUCCACAGAAACUUAUUCAAUUCACAUCAACGGACUAAAACCUGCUUCUAGUCCUCAUUCCUGUGAGUUGAGAGUACUUGAUGCCUAUGGCGAUGAGUAUGAUGGAGUUGUCGUUGAUCCAGAUAAAUUACCAGCUGAAGUAAAUCUAUUUGCCUCGAUGCUUCGUUUAUCCCUUCGUCAAUGGAAAAUAGAGGGAAAGAAGGGAAUUUGGCUUAAGUUACCAUCAGAGUUGUCUGAGUUUGUUCCCAUAGCUGUUAAGGAAGGUUUUCAAUAUCAUCAUGCCGAAAGAGGAUAUGUCAUGCUGACAUACUGGAUUCCCGACGGGCCUUGCAUGCUUCCUGCUAAUGCUUCUCAUCAAGUAGGAGUUGGAGGUUUUGUUGUCAAUGACAAAAAUGAGGUUCUCGUAGUGCAAGAGAAGUACUGUCCUCCAACAUGCCACGGCCUCUGGAAGUUACCAACUGGAUUUAUUCUUGAGUCGGAGGAGAUUUUUGCUGGUGCUGUCAGAGAAGUCAAGGAGGAAACAGGGAUUGAUACAGAGUUUAUGGAAGUGAUAGCAUUCAGGCAUGUUCACAAUGUGGCCUUUCAAAAGUCAGACUUGUUCUUUAUCUGCAUGCUAAAACCCCUAUCGACCCGGAUUGUUGUUGAUGAUUUUGAGAUUGAAGCAGCCAAGUGGAUGCCACUAGAAGAGUUUGUGGAGCAGCCACUCAUCCAAGGCGAUUCAAUGUUCAAGAAAAUCAUCGACAUCUGCGUUGCUCGGCUUGGGCAACGUUACUGCGGUUUAUCGACUCAUCAAGUGAUUUCCAAGUUUGACGGCAGGCAAUCCUCCCUGUACUAUAACGUCAUUGACUCUCGAGAUUCAAACUGCCAAGCAAGCUGAAGCCUCUAUGGGUUUUUGAAUAUGAGCUUAGUUCAUUCAUUGCCAUCUCCAGCAGUUAUAUUACCGAAUGUUGCAGCAACAGGCAAAAUGAACAUGUAAUUACAGAGGUCUUCCUCAAUGCACAUAGUUAUUGUAAAGCAGAGAAUUUGACGGGUAUUGUAUAUACAAGGUGACUGUUGUAUAUCCACUUAGUUGUACUACAGUGAAUACGCUAAAAGAUGAAUAAAGGUGAUUUCUCUGUCAA